ACACGUUGUUAACAGAUUGAUACCAUUCCGUACUUCUACACCUCCUACGGAUGACAGUCUAUAUUAAAAACUUUGACUGAAUCAAUAUACAAAGUGUACUUGCAUGUUUCUGGAAAGCAGAGAAGAGCUAAAAAUAGAUACACUUUAGUUGUCAGCUCUAUAAUUAGACGGAAAUCCCGGGAUAUCAAUAGGCCUAGCUAUCGCAGUGCUUGCUACUCACAUUCAACCGGUCUGUUCCCGAAUUGUGAAGGUAUACCUCGGCAGAUUGUAUGAACGUUACUAAAUAGCAAUGGAUAACACAAUUCUGAACCAUUUUUAUGAGAAUGAUGUGAAAAUGAGACGUGACGAAACAAAGAGGGUUACUAAAGAGGUGCUACCACUUGUGGACGAGUUACUAAGGUAUGUUAAUCAGAGAGACAGCCGAUUUCUGAUAAAAACAGAGAAAGUUGGGAGCUACCACACACAUCUCAAAGUAAAGAGGCCUGACGAGUUUGAUUUCAGUGUAGUCGUCGAUGUAGGGAAACUGUAUUGGUCAAACUCUUAUCCAAGAAACUAUGGCUUUGAUGAAUUUAAGAAAAAUAUAGAGAGCAAGGCAAUUGCUCUACCAAACCCUCCUACUGGUCAAUGUUUCACUAAAAUUGGCAGUCUAGUAGCAAGGUGGGAUUCCGAAGGACUUAACGAUGGUGGAGCGAGCAUGACGUUUAAUAACGAUAUAGUGCCGAUCAAAGUUAAGAGAAGAUUCAAGGCUCUUGUAGCCGAGGCGGUGAACCAGCCGAAGAUGAGAAACCGUGUCACGGCAGAUCGUUUGUCGGAGUCCCCAGCAAUAACACUUUCUAUAACACUUCCGAAUAUUAGCUAUCCAAUCAGCAUUGAUUUGUGCCCCAUGAUUGAAGCCAGACUGGAAUUUAAAAAUGAAUUCAAUUGGCCAAGACUGGGUAUUCAAUGGCCGUCAGGUGACAAGAUUUCCUGUAUCAAGGAUAUCGGGAUACAUGAAGUAGCCAAAGCGCCAUUUUAUUGGACAUUGUCUUUUGCUGCAUGUGAAAAGGAGCUUCUAGAAAGCAUCGACGAAAACGGGACAUGCAGGAGGAAAUGCCUUCGUAUUCUGAAGACAUUGAAAGAAAAAAUAUGGUGCACUGAUAAUGCCAGAAAAGGUCUAACAUCAUACCACCUGAAGAACGUACUGUUCUGGGAGUGUGAGGAUCACCCAUUCGAUACCGAAUGGCAGCAGGAACUUCUGGCCACCCGGGUGAGGACAAUGAUAUAUCGUUUGUUGGGUUAUCUCCAGAGAGGGAAUCUUCCGCUGUACUUCCAUACCGGGGUCAAUCUGCUCUCCAGCAAGGAUAAAGACGUACUGCAGCAGGUAGCAAAUAAUAUCAAGUCAUUUGUUGAGCAGCCAAAGAAAUAUUUGUAGGUGUAAUGCCCAUGGGCGUUGUACAUGUUUUCCCAGAAAUGAAAUUUAAUACAAAGUAUUUUAACUACGUUUUUAUCACACAAUCGACUCCUGUAAAGCUCACUAUUUUCAAGAAGAAAUAUUUAUUCAAUUACGCUCGAAAGUUUAAAUAACUUCCGGUAGUUUGGUAACAUAUAUUAAUAAUAGAAUAUAUAUAGUUCUUUCGAAAGAUAUUUAAACAUAGGCGAACGAAUCCUACAAUUGCAUAUAUUUUGCGCAGUAGAGUAUAAGUAUAAAGUGACUUACAGUAUGGUAAUUACUAAAAUAUUAAAAAACAAUAAAUCCCGCCAGAUUAGGUAUCAUUUCCAUGUAGUAGUUGUAACGUAAACACAAUUUGUAAUGCUGAGAAUCGAAGUAUAAAUCUUAUUCAACUUCUGCAUCAUAUGUUUUUGCACCAAAAUACAGAUACAGAUGAUGAAGUGAUAUCUUAAUGUAGUGAUAUUGAUUUAUGCAUUGUAACAAUAUACAAAAUGUAUUUGCUUCAUGAUAAUUAAUAUGCACUUAUAACAAGGUCGGCUUACUACAUUGUUAUACGUUCUCAUGACAACGGUUAUUUCGGUAUAUUAGCUGUAUAUAUGUUUUAUUUGAUGUACAUAUAAUAUGAAUAUACUAGUAACUGCACAUCUAAUAUUAUUUUAACAUAUUUUGUAUUUUUAAUUUGAAAAUUAUGUCAUAUAUGAUAAGAAAAUCAGAAAAUAAUCUUAAUGUAGAUGUUGACCAGAUUCAUUCUGUAUUACAUUUGUUUCAAUGUCAUUAUCGAUUCCUUAUCUGAAUAAAUUAUAUCUCUUUAAAAUGAU